GGGUUAGUUUUAACAGUUUAACGACACACAAAACCAAAUGCAGAGGAGAGGAGAGAAGCCAUUGUUGCAGACAGAAACGAAGUGAAUCUCAGCUCUCAAACCCUGUAAGUCAGACUGUGCCAAUACGUAUAUAUCGCUCCGAUGAUUCAUUUGAUUUUUAAAAAUCUACAAAAUCUAAGGCCUACAGUUUCAACUACAAGCCAUGUCUAUCUGUUCUCAACUUCAACUGUCAAACCAGCCUCAAAAGGAUCGAGUUCAACAGAUUCGCACUCUCUUACAAUCUCUUACCUCAUAAACUCAUGUGGGUUGUCCUUAGAAUCAGCUACAGCAGCUUCCAGGAAGCUAAAAUUUGAAACCACUGACCAGCCAGACUCAGUCUUGAACCUCUUGAAAACGCAUGGCUUAAGCCAAACCCACAUAAAAGCAUUGGUCACCAAUCGUCCAAUGAUACUCUUGGCUCAUUCUCACAAAACCCUUAAACCCCAUUGUGAGCUGUUCAAAACUCUGGGAAUUUCUGGUGCUAACCUUGCGAAAAUACUCAACAAAGAGCCAAGAAUACUUGAAAGCGAUGUGCAUACUGUGGUUGAGUUCUUUAGAGCUAAUGGAUUCAGUGACAAGCAAACUUCAACAUUAACCAUGAAGCACCCAAAUUUAUAUAUGUACAAUGCACACCGAAAUUUUACACCCAAGUUGGACCUUUUCAAAUCGAUGGGUUUUUCAGGGGCAGAAAUUGCUCAAAUGUUGUCCUCAGAGCCUUAUAUUUUGGGAAGGAGCCUUGAAAAUCAGAUCAUACCCUCUGUUCUUGCGAUUAAGGGUAUUGUUGGCACGGAUGAGAAUGUCGUGAAAGCAAUAAAGGCAUACUACUGCAUACUUGAACGCAAUUUGCAGGAGGUACUUGAGCCGAACAUUGCAAUCUUGAUUAAUACUGGUGUACCCCAGUCAAAAGUUGCGAAAUUGAUCAUGAUUCAACCAAGGUCAUUGCUUGUGAGACCUAAUCGAUUUAGCGAAGUUGUCAGUGAGGUUAAGGGAUUAGGUUUUGAUCCCACAAAUCUCUUAUUUGUUUUAGCUGUCCGUUCAAUGGCAGUCAUGAGCAAAUCGUUGUGGGAACAUAAAUUGGGAGUCUAUUGUAGCUGUGGUUUAUCACAGGAUGAGAUUAUUUCCGCAUUCAAGUUGCAGCCCUUAUGUAUGCUCACUUCAGAAAAGAAAAUCAGGAAAAUGAUGGAUUUCUUUGUGAAUGAGCUGAAGUUGAAGUCUUCGAUGCUUUCCAAGAAUCCAAAUCUUUUGUCAUUUAGCUUGGAGAAGAGAAUUAUUCCAAGGUGUUCAGUUUUGCAGCUUUUGAUGUCGAACGAUCUGAUUAAGGGUGAUAUAAGCUUAGUUUUUGCAUUGCAAAUGACCGAAAAUAUGUUUUUGAGGAAGUUUGUGAGCAAGUAUCAGCACAUGAUUCCAGAAGUUGUUGAGGCACAUCAAGGCAAGAUAAAGUUUCAGGGUUUUCCUAUUGCUCUAAAAAUGUAUAGAUGGUUGCCUGGUAUAAGAAUACUGGCAUUAGCAAAUACAGCUCUGGAGAAUUUCCUCCCUGGAAUCCAGGCUCUUGUCAAGUUACGUACUCUUCGUAUGAUUGUAACUCAAAAGCAUUAUUGUAAUUCCAAAUGUGAUGCUUGUUUCAGAGGAUGUAGUGGUAAGUGCUGCCUCAUUCUUCAUAUCGAUCAUACUCAGAUUUCCUGUUUCUUCACUCUUCAGUAUCUAAACUUCCUCCAGGUGGUUGUUUCAGCAUUCGUGAAGAUUGAUAUUGAUGUUUUUACAAUGUCAUGUUCACAAGAACUUUCUAUUCAACAUUUGCACCCCUAUAGAUAUGAUUCAUACCCCAAUCUAGAUGUUCCUUUAGCAGAUGCUUCAAAUCUCCAAUGGAAAGCAGAAUUGACCAGUUUGACAAGCAUCACCAUUACACUGGCAUUCUUAAAUGAUAAGAAGAAUCAAGAUAGCAAACCUGGAAUUAUUUUGAUUGAAGCCAGUUUGAAAUUUUUGUUGUGGCCUAAGUGCUGCAUGAGCAGUUCAUGUGUGGUAAGGACUUCUGUUUGUGGUGGCAGUGUCAAUUCUGAAUAUGCCCAUUGUUAUGGGUGUACUAGGACUGGAAUACAAGACACCCAUAACACCUAUCCUACAAGAACUUGGACUCAAUUAUGUUGCCCAGGAAGUGGAUCUGGCAGUACUCCUCGUAGCACUUUGCUUAUGAAUUCUCAGCCCAAUUCUCGAUUUAGCAAGACUAAUCCAAACAAACUCUUCUUGCUGCUGGAGUUGCCCAACAUUCGAAACAACGUUGUACGUACGCUCCUCUUCCUAGAAUUGUACUUCAUCAACUUUGCUAGGGUUACCAGUUUAACGACGCACAAAACCAAAGGCAGAGGAGAGGAGAGAAGCCAUUGUUGCAGACAGAAACGAAUUGAAUCUAAGCUCUCAAAUCCUGUAAGUCAGACUGUGCCUAUACGGCCUACAGUUUCAACUACAGGCCAUGUCUAUCUGUUCUCAACUUCAACUGUCAAACCAGCCUCAAAAGGAUCGAGUUCAACAGAUUCGCACUCUCUUACAAUCUCUUACCUCAUAAACUCAUGUGGGUUGUCCUUAGAAUCAGCUACAGCAGCUUCCAGGAAGCUAAAAUUUGAAACCACUGACCAGCCAGACUCGGUCUUGAACCUCUUGAAAACGCAUGGCUUAACCCAAACCCACAUAAAAGCAUUGGUCACCAAUCGUCCAAUGAUGCUCUUGGCUCAUCCUCACAAAACCCUUAAACCCAAUUGUGAGCUGUUCAAAACUCUGGGAAUUUCUGGUGCUAACCUUGUGAAAAUACUCAACAAAGAGCCAAGAAUACUUGAAAGCGAUGUGCAUACUGUGGUUGAGUUCUUUAGAGCUAAUGGAUUCAGGGAAGAAAUUGCUCAAAUGUUGGCCUCUGACUCAGAGCCUUGUAUUUUGGGAAAGAGCCUUGAAAAUCAUAUCAUACCCUCUGUUCUUGUGAUUAGGGGUAUUGUUGGCACGGAUGAGAAUGUCGUGAAAGCAAUGAAGGCAAUACUUGAAUGCAAUUUGGAGGAGUUACUUGAGCCGAACAUUGCAAUCUUGAUUAAUGCUGGUGUACCCCUGUCAAAAGUUGUGAAGUUGAUCAUGAUUCAACCAAGGUCGUUGCUUGUGAGACCUAAUCGAUUUAGCGAAGUUGUCAGUGAGGUUAAGGGAUUAGGUUUUGAUCCCACCAAUCUGUCAUUUGUUUUAGCUGUCCGUUCUAUGGGAGUCAUGAGCAAAUCGUUGUGA